AUGGCCGAGAUUCGAGUUGAGGUCUCUGAGUCUGAGGGUGAUCAGCAGCAGGAGGAUCCCAACGCAUCAGUGUUCCAAUCCCGUACUUUCCCGCGAUACUGCCCCAGACCCCGCCCAACCCAAACACAAUACAUUCCGGCCACUCCCAGGGCGAUAGCAGCAGCUUCCGGCGCCACUCCUUCCAACUCCGAUCUCUCCUCCAGGUCCAGGGCUUCCUCCUCCGACACUUCCAGCUUCUUCUUCACCAUCUCUUCCUCUUCUUCCUCCUCAUCCUCCUCUCACACCCUAUCCAUCCCACAAUCCUCCACCUCGUCCUACCUCUGCACCUUCCGUGGCAAGGACGCGAUUGGCUUCCGCCGGGUGUUCCCUCCGACCAUAAACCGGGAGAAGCUGAAACAACACUUGUCAGUCAUCGGCAGCAUUCGUCACGCCAACGUGGUCCAGCUCAUCGGAGCUUCCAUGUACGAGAAGGAGCCGUGCGUCAACCUCAUGUACCCCUUCGUCAACGGCGCAACCCUCUCCGAUUGUUUGACCAGCAGGAGUACGACCGAUCUCUACAGCCUCUACCUCGGUAGGUGGCAAUCGAGGAUGGACAUCGCGGUGGGAGUGGCUCGCGGCCUGAAUUACAUCCACCACAUGACCGGAUUCGAAGCCCUCCUCGUCCACAAUCGUAUCAAGACCUCCAAUAUCAUCCUCCUCCCUUUGAGCGGCGGCGCCGCCGUCAAACCCUUGAUCUGCAAAUUCGGCCUCGCUCAUGCUGCAGGGGAGGCUGCCGACGAAGACGAAGACAACGUUGGAUGGGGCGGAGGAGAGGGGAUUGAAGAAGUAGACGAGGAAGAGAACCCCUACAUGUCGCCGGAGGUUCGGCGAGGGGGGUCGUUGGCGACGCGGAAAUCGGAUGUGUACGCAUUCGGGGUGCUGCUGUUGGAGCUGAUUUCGGGUGCGGAGCCGGUGACUUACCGUUAUAAUGAUGUCGACAAGGUUUACGUGCGUAAGUCGAUCAUGGAGACGGCGAGGGCGGCGGAGGCCGGCGACGAGGAGAUGGUGCGGGGUUGGGUGGACGGGAGGCUGAAUGGGUUGUUCCCAGUGGAGGUCGCGAAGGAGGCGAUGCGUUUGGGGCUGUAUUGUCUGGGCGAGGAUCCCAGAUCGCGACCUGAUAUGGGCCUUGUUGAAGGCCUCAUCUUCGACUGCUGGCGAAGAUCGAACAAACCCUUCUUUUAA